UACAUAUAAAGAAAAGUUUGCUAUUGCAGCUGUAUACUCUACAACUUUUUUAUGGCACAUACAUUACCUUGAAAUUCUAUAUUCUAGAUUAUUGUUAUAUAGUCAUGUAUACGACGAACACAUAUGCUAAACCUUACUUAAAUCGACGAACGAAUACUGAAGCUGAAAUGUACAAUCUUGUUUUAUUUCCAUCAGACAAUUCAAUUGCAGUUGUUAAAGUAAAACAAUGUUCUCCUGCUGAACAUGAUGGCUUUAUUUUUGUACAAAGUGGUAAAAAGAAAUUUAUGGGAGUUAUCCUUGAAGAAGGUAAAUAA